CGGGGCAGGCUCGGGGGGACCGCAGGAUGCGGCGCUGAGCGCGCUCCGCUCGCUUUCUCCGUCCGUCUGUCCGUCCGUCCCUCGGUCUCCCUGCCCGGGCUCCCGCACGCCGAGAUUCCCUCCCGCAGCCCAUGAUGUGCCUGGAAAGCGACGGCUCCUCCGGCAGCAGCCCGGGCUGCGGCGGGCGGCUCCGAGCUGGCGACGAGGAGGAGGAGGAGGACGGCGAGCGGGGCUGCUGCGGCCGGGGUGCCGAGGGCGAGGUGCAGACCCUGUCGGGCAGGAUGAACCCCCCGGCGGCCGGCAAGCACCCCGACCGCCCCGCCGCCCUCCGCAAGGCGCCGACCCUCGGCCGGGCCCGGGUAGCGGCCGCCGGCAUCCUCAGUGUGGGCAACGUGCUCAACUACCUGGACCGGUACACGGUGGCAGGUGUGUUACUAGACAUCCAGCAGCACUUUGGAGUUAAAGACAGCGGGGCUGGCUUGUUACAGACAGUUUUUAUCUGUAGUUUCAUGGUUGCAGCACCAAUCUUUGGUUACCUUGGUGACCGGUUCAACAGAAAGAUCAUUCUCAGCUGUGGGAUCUUCUUUUGGUCAGCUGUCACUUUCUCAAGCUCCUUCAUCACUGAGCAGUAUUUCUGGCUCCUUGUGCUCUCCCGGGGUCUGGUUGGCAUUGGUGAAGCGAGUUAUUCCACUAUUGCACCAACCAUCAUUGGAGACCUGUUCACCAAAAACACCAGGACCCUUAUGCUGUCUGUGUUCUACUUUGCAAUUCCUCUGGGCAGUGGCUUGGGGUACAUCACUGGGUCGAGUGUGAAGCAGGUUGCUGGAGACUGGCACUGGGCACUGCGGGUAUCUCCACUCCUAGGAAUGAUAACAGGGACACUCAUCUUGAUAUUUGUGCCUGCUGCCAAAAGAGGAAAUGCUGAACAACUUGGGGGGCAGCUGAAGGCUCGGACUUCAUGGCUGAGAGACAUGAAAGCAUUGAUUAGAAACCGCAGCUAUGUGUUCUCAUCCUUGGCCACCUCAGCUGUCUCCUUUGCCACGGGGGCACUGGGGAUGUGGAUCCCUCUGUACCUUCACAGAGCACAGGUUGUGCAGAAGACAGCAGAGACCUGCAGCUCCCAGCCCUGUGGCACCAAAGAUAGUUUGAUCUUUGGAGCAAUCACUUGCUUCACUGGAUUCCUGGGUGUGAUCACAGGGGCAGGAGCCACCAAGUGGUGCCGCUCCAAGACGCAGCGAGCCGACCCCCUGGUGUGUGCUGUUGGGAUGCUGGGCUCUGCCAUCUUCAUCUGCCUCAUCUUCGUGGCUGCCAAGAGCAGCAUCGUGGGAGCCUAUAUUUGCAUUUUUAUCGGAGAAACUCUUCUGUUUUCAAACUGGGCUAUCACAGCAGACAUACUAAUGUACGUGGUCAUUCCAACUCGCCGUGCGACCGCCGUGGCCUUGCAGAGUUUCACUUCACACCUCCUGGGAGAUGCUGGCAGUCCUUAUCUCAUUGGAUUUAUCUCCGACCUGAUCCGCCAGAGCACCAAGGACUCGCCGGUGUGGGAGUUCCUCAGCCUGGGAUACGCGCUGAUGCUCUGCCCCUUUGUGGUUGUCCUGGGAGGGAUGUUCUUCCUGGCCACUGCCCUCUUCUUCCUGAGUGACAGAGCCAAAGCUGAGCAACAUCACUGUUUCCAGCUGCAGCCUGCUUGGAGUCUGAAGUUCUGCAGGAAUUCAUGUUAUCAAUCACGUCUUGUCCCAGAAUUACUGACACCAUCAAAACAGCUUGAGGGUGAAUCAGCUUGUGAUGCCACCAGCCUCUGUGAAGGUCUGAGACGCUGCCAGUGAAGGCAAUGACAAUGGACUCCUGCUCCCACCGUGCCAGUCUCAGCCUCGAAGCCCUUCUGUUCUGGAUAGCAGUGGAUCCUUCAGCUCCACGUCCCAGAGGGGAUCUCUGGCACCGAAUCCAUGGCUCCAGCCUGCAGGGUCAGGCACCAGGAGAUGAGCAGGGAAUGUGGCAACUUCUGGAACACAAGGACAUUCACGGGGUCCCCAAGCAUGGAAACCAACUGUCCACUGGACCCAGAAAAAGCUGCCCAAGUGAGCAACUGUAGAUUGUGUAAAUGGUUUUAGAUGUAGCCAACGAAGUCCACACUGUUUGUAGGGCAGCUGGUGUCCUAUGGAAUGCUGCUGCUCUGCCAGCAAUCCCACUCCCACAGACUGCACUAGUUGAGGACCUGUUCUGUACAUCACCUUUUCUUUGACACUGAAGGUUUGAUUCAGAUUAUUAUUUUUUAUUUAAAUAUGUUAUAAGAUGCUUUAUCUCUGCUGAAGACAUUAGAUUAUAUAUAUAUAUAUAUACUUAGAUAAACAGUUUUUAUUUAAACAUUUGAAAUCUGGAGCUGCCUGUGCAACCAUAGCAGACAUGAAUAACGUCCACAGCUCUCCUCCUCUGUGCCCUGGUGCCAGGGCCUGCAAGGGCACCACAGGAAAACUUCCAGUGGGUGACCUACCUGUCACUGGGACUGAGCAGUGGGACAGAGGAGAGAGUUUCACUGCACUGGGUAUGCUGGUGGUUGUCACAGAAAAGCCCAGAAGAACGUUGGACAGAAAUCCCUACAGGCUCUAGAGUUUUCUAUAUGCUCCAUUCAGCCUUCCUAGGAGGUUCACAGGCUUUUAAACUGCCAAAACCCACCUGGCUGAAUGGCUGUCCCUUGGGCCUGGAGUGCAAUAUUGCUGUGCAGUGACCUCGUGCUUUGUUUACAUGAUUCCAUAUCACUCAGACUGUCAGUGCUAAUUCUCCUGUCAAUAUUCCAAAGCAGCUGGACACUCUGCCCUCAGAAUGCUUGGGUUCCUGCACAUCCCACCCUGCCUGUCCCAGAGCACUGUCACUGGGGUGUCACUUGUACCCACACAAAAGUGCAUGUGAGAGCUUUCAGACAAGGCCAGUGCCUGACCUGGGUUAGACUCCAGUGCAGAAGCAAGUCAUGGUGCCAUUCCCCUGAGUCCUGUACUUGGCCUCCACAAGCCAAAUGUAUGCUGUGUCAGCUGGAUGGGGGAGGAGGGGGAGCCCAGGUCCUGAAGAGGGCCAGGCUGCCACAGGGAGGGCAUUGCCACAGGGAGGGCACUGGCUCAGCAGGCUCCAUUCCCUCUGUUCUGAGCCCUCUCUCACAGUUCAGCACAACUUGAGCAGCUGGAAGCAGCUCAUUCUUGUGCUCACGGCUCACAAGUGACUGCUGUUGGGGUCCAAGGAGACUAAAUCAGCUCAGGAAAUGUCAAACCAGGGCUAGGUGUGAGUUGAGGCUGGGA